CGUAUAAAAGUGCCCGAGCUCUUGGCCAAACCUAAAGUUCAAAAUGAAAUUCGCCUGCGCUACGGUUGUGCUCUUGGCCACCAUCCUUGGGGCCCAGGCUGUGGACUGGAAGUCGGUCAAGAACCUGAACAUCGAGACCCCGAUGCCCAAGGUCCAUGGCGAGACCCUGCCCAGCGGAAGGAUUACCGGAGGUCAGAUCGCCGAGCCCAACCAGUUCCCCUACCAGGUGGGACUACUGCUGUACGUCAAUGGAGGAGCUGCCUGGUGCGGAGGCACCAUCAUCAGCGACCGCUGGAUCAUCACCGCCGCCCAUUGCACGGACAGCCUGACCACCGGAGUGGAUGUCUACCUGGGCGCCCACGACCGCACCAACGCCAAGGAGGAGGGCCAGCAGAUCAUCUUCGUGGAGACAAAGAAUGUGAUCGUGCACGAGGAGUGGAUCGCCGAGACCAUCACCAACGACAUUUCCCUGAUCAAGUUGCCAGUGCCCAUUGAGUUCAACAAGUACAUCCAGCCCGCUAAGCUGCCCGUGAAAUCCGACAGCUACAGCACCUACGGCGGAGAGAAUGCCAUUGCCUCCGGAUGGGGCAAGAUCAGCGACUCUGCUACCGGAGCCACCGACAUUCUGCAGUUCGCCAGAGUUCCCAUUAUGAACAACAGCGGCUGCUCUCCCUGGUACUUCGGCCUGGUUGCCGCCAGCAACAUCUGCAUCAAGACCACCGGCGGAACCUCCACCUGCAACGGCGACUCCGGCGGCCCUCUGGUCCUGGAUGACGGCAGCAACACCCUGAUUGGAGCCACCUCCUUCGGCAUUGCCCUCGGCUGCGAGGUGGGAUGGCCCGGUGUCUUCACCCGUAUCACUUACUACCUGGACUGGAUCCAAGAGAAGACUGGUGUGGUCAACUACGGCAACUAAGCGUUGAUUUUGAUCUUAAAAUAAACGUUUAUUUUUGGGUUACAAGAAA